AUGUCCAAGCAAAGCCUCAUGCUCAGCCUGGACAAGGGCUUGGACUCGUUUUUCCCUAGAACCGCCGCUGUACUGCAUGAGUCGAACGCGAAGAAUGGCGAGAUUGACUUGAAUUCGAUCCAGCAGACUGAUAUUCUGGACACUCCAAAGCGGCCGCGUUUGAAAAAACCUGGAAACCAAAAACGACGAGUGGUGGAUCCACGUGAUGCUCUAGUCACUCCCGUGAUAGUGGACGAAGGUGGCCCAAUUGCUACAAGCGCAAAACAGGGUUUACAGGCUGUGGAAGACUAUACAUCUGCGAAAAGCGCUCUGAAGCAUGCAGAUAUGAAAUCCCCUUAUCCACCAGUGAUGCUUAUUCGGGUUGCUGGUGAAAAAAGAGUGGAUGUAAGAUUGGUAGCUCCAAUAGCGUCUUCAAUCCAUCAAAAUGCUGUUUUCAUCGUAGUGACACCGAAUAGGUUGUAUAAAUAUGAGGGGGAGCACAGCAAUAUCUUGGAAAAAACGAAGGUACAUUGUUGAUA